AUGUCAGAUGGGAAGCUUUCGACUUGUCCCGCCUGUCCUCCUCAAACAACUGCGAGGGGACGCCGACUCAAGCCAGGCCUACUCAGACCGGACAUUCUCCUCUAUGGCGAGCCGGAUUCGCGGGCUGAUCCGAUCACGCAGAUCAUUCAACAUGAUCUGUCCCUCGACAUCGAUCUCCUUUUGAUUUUCGGAACAAGCCUUACGGUCCACGGCAGCCGGGAGCUAGCGAAGAGCUUCGCAAGACUUGUUCGCCAGAAUAAGGGCAAGGUUCUUUUUAUAAACCGCGAGGAGCCGGCAAGAAGUGACUGGGGCGGCGUGAUCGAUUAUUGGGUUGACUUGGAUUCUGACGUGUGGGUUUGCGACGUGAAAAGGCGGCAUCCUCGCUUCUGUUCACCAUCAACCCCAGGAGGAUCGGAUCUUCUCACUACCACAGUCGAACAUGGUGAAGGUAAUAUCAGUCGAGCAAGAGAGCACGUGCCUAUUUGUGGAAUAUGGGGGGUCGGGGCGAAGAAGAGGCUCGCUCCGCCAUCAGAUCAUCCGGUCAAGCGCGUGAAGAUGCAUCUGCCGGGGGGCAUCAAGAAAACUUGA